CUAGAUAUUUAUUUUAAUAGUUAUUUAACAGCUAUUUAUUUUUUUUAAUAUACUGCUUGUAUAUUUUUUGGUGGAGUAGUUAAACGGAGCUUAGCUGAUUUCCUAUUUGUGGAUUCCUGAUUUCUCAAAUGGAUCUUCCUCCAGAGAUUAGUGUUUUUAUUCUGUCUCUGACAGCACCUUUUAUUCUCUACACGAUCAACCAUGUGUCCUUCUUGCAAGAUCCACAGGUGAUGCUGGCCAUAGGCAUUACGGUUCUUACAACGAUACUCCUCCUGGCAAACCUCAGUGUCAAAAAUAAAAAAUCUACCGACCCUCUCUUCUACGUGUUUGCCGUGUUUUCCUUCACCUCCGUUGUCAGCAUCACCAACGCUCUGCAGCACGACGGAUUUAUCAAGGGCUUUAUGGACUUUUAUAUAAGCAAGGGGGAGCCGUACCUGAGCACGGCCCAUGGGUUAAUGAUGAGCUACUGGGACGGAGUCGUUCACUACGGUCUGCUCCUCUUCAUGGUCCACCGCAUCACUGCAGGGAAGCCGUUUCGCAGUUUGGCUCUGGUGUGGGCCGGAUCCAUGAUCGCCAGUGAGAUCGUCUUAGUCACAGGCAUUGUAGUAGGUAAAUAUGGAAAAAACUUCCUCCCUGCUUUCUGGAGAAACGGCCCUUCUCUGGUUUUAGCCAUAUGGGCGGCGGCAAAGCUUUUCAAUAGGCCGAGAGAGCUGUCAAUCAUUUCUGCUGACAAGGUGGAGGUCGAGCAGAAGAAAUCUCUGCUGUAUCGUCCCACAGACCUGCUGCUCGCGCUGGGCCUCAUAGGAAGCAUCAUCUUCACUGCAUUCAGAGGUUUUGUUGUUCUUGAAUGUUCUCUGGAUUUUUGUUUCACCUACAUCUUCCAGUACGAGCCGUACAUGAAAGACAGCGUUGGCUUUCCAAAAGUCACGAUGCUGGUGUUGCUCUUCUAUGUUUUGCCGCUCCUGGCGGCGUGUGUUUAUGGGCUUUACGAUCCUGGAUGCACAUGGAUGUUGGACUGGACGCUGGUCCUCGCAGGAGCUGUAGCUCAGAUACAAUGGACUUACCUGGGCGCGUCUGUUCACUCCCGCACACCGUUCACCUACCGCAUCCCUAAAGACGAAUGGAAGCAGAUCGUCACGCUGAACCUGCUGUACAUGGCCGUGCCCGUCCUCCUCGCCGUCCGCUGCUACAUGGACCAGGCCUUCUUCAUGAAGAACGUUCCUCAGGAACAGACCAGCAACGGCAAGAAGAAGAAUUAAAUGAAUUAAUAUUCACAUGCAAAAACAGGACAGUGCAGCGUUUCAGAAGAGAGACUCUGCUGAAGCUGCCAUAAAUUAUUUGUAAAAGCAUCAAUACAUCAGUGAAAUUUCCAAAUGAGCCUAUCGCUCUGAUCCCAGCUAACAAAAAUAUGUUCUAAGAUGUUUUACUAACAUUCCAAUUAAGUUCAAAGUUCAAACCGUCCAGUUAAAAUGUUACAUUAACGGAACAUUGUAUCAUUUUGCAACAUUAAUGUUACUUUUGAAUGUUCUAUCAACAUUCUGAAAUAAAUUGUAACAUUUGAAAAACAUCAGACAAACUACGAAGUUCUGUUAACAAUAUAUAAAUAACGUUUUCGUGCAAUCAUUUUGAUAACAUUGUUAACGGCUAUUCUACUAAUAUUACUAGAAGACAAUUUGUUCAUAACAUUGAGAAAACCUUGUCAGAACGUUCUGAGAACAUUCCCUGUUAGCUGGGAUAUUAUAAGCAGAUACAAGUAUUUGGGUUUAGUUGGGUAAAUGCAUUUUCUAUGCUAGGUUAUAAAGGUUUUCUUGCGUUUUUCAUUGUCAGUAUCAGUUUGAUUAGAGUGAUAUUAGACAGAUGCCUGAUUUUAUUUAUUUUGUUAUAAGCAUGCACUGUAUGAACACAAAUAAGGCCAAAACUGUGUGGAUUUGAAAUAUUAUUACUGACCAUAACAAAACAAUUGUCAGUUAUCGUUUUAUCAUCCAUGUUUUGUUUUUACGUGUCGUUUUGCAGCUUUGUUCAAGUGUGAAGUGUGUAAAACAGUUUAAACUACUGAUCUCUUCCAGUUUUAUCUCUGGUCAGUUGGUGAAAUCUCAAUAAAUAUGGACUCUGGACUAGUUUACAUCACUCUCAGAGACGUUUGAAGGCCGUCGACGCUCAGGGUGUGUCGUGAUCAUGACUGUCUGUGUGUGUUUAGUAGUUUCUUGCUGCAAGGAAUGUAUUUCAUUCACUAGAACUAUUUUUAAUUAGUUUACAAUAAUACCUGAUUGGGUGAAUAUCAUAAAAAAAACACAGAUACGGGAUUGAAAUAGUCAUAAAAACCUUUUUUUAUAUGAUACAAUGUUCUGUUGUCAAAUGCUAAUGUUAUCACCCAAAUGUUUUUCUUGAUGUCUUUCGUAUCUAUUGUUAUAAAUCUGUUGUAUAGUUUUUCCCACAACAUUUUUUUUGUGGUAUACGUGUGCUCUUGUCUGUCAUGAACCCUCAUAUCUCUUGUGAAAUUCGCUGUUUAUUAUUCUUCGCGUUGGGCUCCAAAGGGGACGCCGGGGCACGGGUUCAGCAGGGAGCGAUAUUUAUAGCAUUGCAACACAGUGAAACUAGACAAACGAUUCAUCUAAAGAUAUCUAGAUGUGAGGAAAUCACAUUUCUUCCUCGUCCGAUCAAAUCUCUGACCUUUGCUCUGUAGCUGAUGACAUCAUCAGAAUGAUUGCAGUGUUGCUGGCCCACUGAUCUUUCACACAGACGAGUGAAGCCUGUCAGCGUGUUGAUUGACCCGAUUACAUCAGUUGUAACACUUUAUCUGCAAUGUUCCUGACGAUAAGAAUAUAAUUAAAUUAAAUGCUUUCAACAUUAAAAAUCAUGAUGUCAUGCUGCAUUAUUUAAAAUAUUUGCUCUAACAACGAUUUGAUUCAUUCCAGUUGCAAUUCUAAAAAAUGAUUCCCUGCUAAUGUUUUGCA